GGGACUUUUAGCCGUGGCUCCGCUGACGUCACGCGCCGAACUUCGGGAAGAGUGACGUCACGGCUGGACUCGAAACUUUCACACCGGCGAUUGUUGAGCUCGCCCGUCUUCAUUCGCGCGGAGAUCCGGGAUCCACAGGUUAAAUGGACGCGUGCGGAUCUCGUCCGUGUUCGUGAGUGUGUGACAAACAACUUCUCAGUGCAGGGAAGAGAAACGAAGGAUUAACAUUCCGCUCCUGAAUCACACGUUUAUUGGGUUCUGAACGGAGAAACUUCCACCCAGCCGGUAGAGAAUCACGAGCUGCUGGUCAUCAGGGAAAACUCCCGAAACUCCCGCUGGAUCGACCUUCAGGACUCGGUGCUGGAGUAAGAGCUAAGAGGUGCUGAGGAGGUUGGGCAGCAGUCAUCAUGGCGUCUUCCUCGGUGAAGGUGGCGGUGCGUGUGCGGCCUUUCAACAGCCGAGAGACAAACAGAGGAGCCAAGUGUGUGAUCCAGAUGCAGGACAAGAGCACAUGUAUUAUUAAUCCCAAGCAACCCAAGGAUGCACCCAAGAACUUCACUUUUGACUAUUCAUACUGGUCACACAGCUCAGAGGAAGACCCAUCCUUUGCAUCUCAGGGGAAGGUGUAUCAGGACAUUGGCGAGGAGAUGCUGCUUCAUGCUUUCGAGGGCUAUAAUGUGUGCAUUUUUGCUUAUGGACAGACUGGUGCAGGAAAGUCGUACACAAUGAUGGGAAAACAGGAUCCGGGGCAGCAAGGCAUCAUACCACAGAUGUGUGAGGACUUGUUCAGACAGACGGCAGAAAACACUGACCCUGACCUGUCCUUCUCUGUUGAGGUUUCAUAUAUGGAGAUUUACUGUGAGCGGGUUCGGGACUUGCUGAACCCAAAAAGCAGAGGGUCCUUGAGGGUCAGAGAGCACCCAAUAAUGGGCCCUUAUGUAGAAGACCUCUCCAAAAUGGCAGUGACCAACUACAGUGAUAUCGCAGAUCUCAUGGACACCGGCAACAAAGCCAGGACGGUUGCUGCUACUAACAUGAACGAGACCAGCAGUCGCUCGCAUGCGGUCUUCACCAUCCUCUUCACUCAGCGUCGACAUGAUCACAUGACCAGUCUGGACACCGAGAAGGUGAGCAAGAUCAGUCUGGUUGAUCUGGCAGGAAGUGAGAGAGCAGACUCAUCCGGAGCCAGAGGCAUGAGGUUGAAGGAGGGAGCCAAUAUUAACAAAUCUCUGACAACACUGGGUAAAGUCAUCUCAGCACUGGCAGACAUGCAGGGCUCGAAGAAGAGACGCUCUGAUUUCAUUCCCUACAGGGAUUCUGUGCUCACGUGGCUACUGAGAGAAAACCUAGGUGGAAACUCGCGCACGGCCAUGAUCGCUGCCCUGAGCCCUGCAGAUAUUAAUUAUGAAGAAACACUCAGUACUCUCAGGUAUGCAGACAGAGCCAAGCAGAUAAAGUGCAACGCUGUCAUUAACGAGGAUCCGAACGCACGGCUCGUCAGGGAGCUGAAGGAAGAGGUCAACAGACUCAAAGAGCUCCUCCUGUCUCAGGGGCUCAGUAACCUCAUCACUGCCUCAGGGACUGAAACGGGCUGCACAGCUUUGGGAGGAGCGUCAGGUGAGCUCCAUCAGCCCUCGCUCGCAUAUGUGCCGUCUACCUCUGAUGCACCGAUGGAGGGUAUGACGCCCACCAGUCCUACUGCACACAUCAGCAAAGAGGAGGCUGUGGAGAGACUCCAGGAAACAGAGAAGAUCAUUGCAGAGCUGAAUGAAACAUGGGAGGAGAAGCUCAGGAAAACGGAUUCGAUACGACAAGAGAGGGAGGCACUGCUGGCUGAGAUGGGUGUGUCUGUGAAAGAGGAUGGAGGAACCGUGGGUGUCUUCUCGCCCAAAAGAACGCCCCACCUGGUGAAUCUGAACGAGGAUCCUCUGAUGUCAGAGUGUCUGAUCUAUUACAUUAAAGAUGGAGUCACCAGGGUUGGUCAGGAGGAUGUGGAUAUUCGUCUCAGCGGUCAGUUUAUAAAGGAGCUGCACUGCGUCUUCUGCAGUGAAGUCAGUGAGAAUAACGAGGUGGUGGUGACUUUGGAGCCAUUAGUUGGAGCAGAAACGUACGUCAAUGGAAAACGAAUCACUGAUGGUGUUGUACUCAAACAAGGUAACCGUAUAGUGAUGGGGAAGAGCCAUGUGUUCAGGUUUAACCACCCUGAGCAGGCCCGCUUGGAGAGAGAGCGCAGUGCCCCACAGGAGCAGCAGGGGGAGCCGGUGGACUGGAGCUACGCACAGGAAGAACUGCUGGAGAAACAAGGCAUUGACAUAAAGCAGGAGAUGGAGAAGAGACUGCAGGAUCUGGAGAAUCAGUAUCGCAGAGAGAAGGAGGAGGCCGACCAGAUACUGGAACAGCAGAGACUGUAUGCAGACUCAGCAGUACCUCAGACUCACACACGGUCACUCACUCACAUAAGCGCUCCCUGUGAGGAGAGCUGGACUCCACUCAUAUCCUCUCUCAGAGAGAAAUUACCAGCCACGCAGAUGCAGUCUAUCGUGAAGAAGUGUGGUUUGCCCAGCAGUGGGAAGAGGAGGGAGCCACUGCGUGUGUAUCAGAUCCCCCAGCGCCGCCGCAUACCUGCCACGCAGGAGUCCAAACACAGACUCAGCUUAGAGGAGCUUCGCACGCAGGCUGUUAAAGAGAUCUGCUAUGAGGUGGCGCUUGGAGACUUUAAACACACUCGGCAAGAGAUCGAGGCCUUGGCCAUUGUCAGGAUGAAGGAGCUUUAUCGGACAUACGGCCAAAAAGACCCUCAGGAAAGAGAGAGCUGGAAAAGUGUGGCCAAAGACGUAUGUGAGACGGUGGGCAUCGGAGAAGAGGAAGAAGACAGGGAGGAAAGAACGACGGCAGCAGCUGGAGGAGGAGCGAGCGAGCGAGGAAAGACAGAUAUGGGAGACCUCAAAGCUCAUAUCGACAAGCUGACUGAUAUACUGCAGGAAGUCAAGUUGCAGAAUAAUAUGAAGGAUGAGGAGAUCCGAUCGCUGAGGGACCGCAUGGUGAAGAUGGAGAAGAUAUUCCCAGUCGAAGAUCAGGGAGACGACGAUGACAUCGGCUCGGAUGGGGUCAGAGGUGACGAGCCGCCAGCACAAGUCGACAGAUGCGACGAGGAUUCGGGAUACCAGCGGGGUCGCCAUCGCUGGCAGUACCCAGAGAAAUACCACAACCCUAAACGCCGCAAAGGAGCCGGCAAUCAGCCAAACAACGCCCUCUACCCGGCGCCUCCCUCAGGACACUCUCAGAGCAACCCGUCUCGAUUCUCAAACCCAUCUUUCAUUCCUCAAACCUCUCGCCACCCCAAUGGGCCUUUCAUGCCAGGCACGGGACGCUUCUUGCCGCCUCAUGAGAGGAAGCUACAGUUCCCCUUUAAGAAUAAUCCUCAACACCGAGGGUUCAUCUGGGGCCUGUCAUCAGGGGGCGAAAGUAGAAAGGACCCAUCCACUCAGUCCAGUUCGGAUCUGGUUCAUACUUUCCACUCAUAUACCUCACCAAACAAAGGCCAGUGGCCAAGCAGCCAUCACCAGCAGCGGCGCAAUCACGGGAACAGAGGCUACGGCAACUGGGGGACCAGGCAACGAUCCAGAAACAGGGGACGGAAUCCAUUCGAUGGAUAUUUAACCAAUGAACAGGCUGGAAAUGUUGAGCAUAAAGACGCUGGCUCGUUUCAGCACAAGCAGGGUAGGGUGCGCUACACAUGGUACAGUCCCAGCUUCUCUUCAGACCAGUCUGUUGGAGACGGAUUCCAGCACAACUACAACCAAAGCAGACAGGGUGUCUACAAAUACCCCAACUCACACUACCAGCACAACCCCCCAGAGACGACCCAGCGUGGGUCUGAAGGCAAUCCCAAUCCAACAUCCAUCCCAGACUGCAGUAGUACCCCCAUGGAGACCUGAUUUCAUCUGCGGAGACCUGCGAGCCAUAACACUCCGACUCUCUUGUGCACAGUUCUCGAGUGGGACUCCUAGAAACCUCUGACCUCAGAUAUACGGUGUUUUGGUUUGUUGUGGAAGGGUUUUAGAUGCUGGGAGCGGUUUUUAAGAGGAACUUCUUAGUGCAAUAACACCUUUCUGUUUGAAAUGAGACACUAUUUUAUGCAGCUGAGUUUUUAUGUACAUAUUGCAGUUACAUACCUGCACCUACAGUGCUUUAUGAGUGAAGUUUUUAUGUGCGCACAUAUCUAUAUUAAUGCUGUCAAACGAUUAAUCGCAUCUAAAAUAAAAGUUUUUGUUUACAUGA